AUGGCCAUGCAGUUCAUUUAACUGAGAAUCCAGCUGAAGAGAAUAGGCAUGGGAUGAGUAAAUAUUCACAGACGCAGUCACAACAGAUUCGCUAUUUCACCCACCAUAGUGUGCAAUAUUUCUGGGAUGAUACCAUUCACAAUUUCGAUUUCUUAAAAAAAUUGCUUUAUGGAGUAAAUGAAAUUACUGUGAAAGUGCCUUCUGUUUUUAAGCUUUUAAUUAAAGAGGUUCUCAACCCAUUUUACAUUUUCCAACUGUUCAGUGUUAUACUGUGGAGCAUUGAUGAAUACUAUUACUAUGCUCUAGCCAUUGUGAUUAUGUCCAUAGUAUCAAUUGUAAGCUCACUGUAUUCCAUUAGAAAGCAAUAUGUCAUGUUGCAUGACAUGGUGGCAGCUCACAGUACUGUGAGAGUUUCAGUUUGUAGAGUAAAUGCAGAAAUAGAAGAGAUCUUUUCUACAGACCUUGUCCCGGGAGAUGUCAUGAUUAUUCCUUUAAAUGGGACAGUCAUGCCUUGUGAUGCAGUACUUAUUAAUGGGACCUGCAUUGUAAAUGAAAGCAUGUUAACAGGAGAAAGUGUUCCAGUGACAAAGACUAAUUUGCCAAACCCUUCAGUGGGCCUAAAAGGAACAGGAGAUGAAUUUUAUAGUCCGGAAACACAUAAACGACAUACUUUGUUUUGUGGGACGACUGUUAUUCAGACUCGUUUCUACACUGGAGAACUUGUCAAAGCCAUAGUAGUUAGAACAGGAUUUAGUACUUCUAAAGGACAGCUUGUUCGUUCCAUAUUGUAUCCUAAACCAACUGAUUUUAAGCUCUACAGAGAUGCCUACUUGUUUCUACUGUGUCUUGUAGCAGUGGCUGGCAUUGGGUUUAUCUACACUAUUAUCAAUAGCAUUUUAAAUGAGGUAGAAGUUGGAGUAAUAAUUAUCGAGUCUCUUGAUAUUGUUACAAUUACUGUGCCGCCUGCACUUCCUGCUGCAAUGACUGCUGGUAUUGUGUAUGCACAGAGAAGACUGAAAAAAAUCGGUAUUUUCUGUAUUAGUCCCCAAAGGAUAAAUAUCUGUGGACAGCUGAAUCUUGUUUGCUUUGACAAGACUGGAACUCUUACUGAAGAUGGUUUAGAUCUUUGGGGUAUUCAACGAGUAGAAAAUAAACGAUUUCUUUUGCCAGAAGAAAACGUUUGCAAGGAGGUGUUGGUAAAAUCUCAGUUUGUUGCUUGUAUGGCUACUUGUCAUUCACUUACAAAAAUUGAAGGAGUGCUUUCUGGUGAUCCACUUGAUUUGAAAAUGUUUGAAGCCAUUGGAUGGAUUCUGGAAGAAGCAACCGAAGAAGAAACAGCACUUCAUAAUCGAAUUAUGCCCACUGUGGUUCGUCCUCCCAAACAACUGCUUCCUGAAUCUACACCUGCAGGAAACCAAGAAAUGGAGCUGUUUGAACUUACAGCUAUUUAUGAAAUAGGAAUUGUUCGCCAGUUCCCGUUUUCUUCUGCUUUGCAACGUAUGAGUGUGGUUGCAAGAGUGCUAGGGGAUAAGAAAAUGGAUGCCUACAUGAAAGGAGCACCUGAGGUCAUUGCCAGUCUUUGUAAACCUGAAACAGUUCCUGUUGAUUUUGAAAAAGUUUUAGAAGAUUACACUAAACAGGGCUUCCGAGUGAUUGCUCUUGCACACAGAAAAUUGGAGUCAAAACUGACAUGGCAUAAAGUACAGAAUAUUAGCAGAGAUGCCAUUGAAAACAACAUGGAUUUUAUGGGAUUAAUUAUAAUGCAGAACAAAUUAAAGCAAGAAACCCCUGCAGUACUUGAAGAUUUGCAUAAAGCCAACAUUCGCACUGUCAUGGUUACAGAAAGUGUAGCUAUUCCCAUUAAAUUGGUCCAUGAUAGCUUAGAGGAUCUUCAGGUGACUCGUUACCAUUUUGCAAUGAAUGGAAAAUCAUUUUCAGUGAUACUGGAGCAUUUUCAAGACCUUGUUCCUAAGUUAAUGUUGCAUGGGACUGUGUUUGCUCGUAUGGCACCUGAUCAGAAGACACAAUUGGUAGAAGCAUUGCAAAACGUAGAUUACUUUGUUGGGAUGUGCGGUGAUGGUGCAAAUGAUUGUGGUGCUUUGAAGAGGGCACACGGAGGCAUUUCCUUAUCAGAGCUCGAGGCUUCAGUGGCAUCUCCCUUUACCUCUAAAACUCCUAGUAUUUCCUGUGUGCCAAACCUUAUCAGGGAAGGCCGUGCUGCUUUAAUAACUUCCUUCUGUGUGUUUAAAUUUAUGGCAUUGUAUAGCAUUAUCCAGUACUUCAGUGUUACUCUCCUGUAUUCUAUCUUAAGUAACCUAGGAGACUUCCAGUUUCUCUUCAUUGAUCUGGCAAUCAUUUUGGUAGUGGUAUUUACAAUGAGUUUAAAUCCUGCCUGGAAGGAACUUGUGGCACAAAGACCACCUUCAGGUCUUAUAUCUGGGGCUCUUCUCUUCUCCGUUUUAUCUCAGAUUAUCAUCUGCAUUGGAUUUCAAUCUUUAGGGUUUUUUUGGGUCAAGCAACAACCUUGGUAUGAGGAGUGGCAUCCACAUUCAGAUGUUUGUAAUACAACAAGAAGCCCAUAUUGGAAUUCUUCACACUUAUACAAUGAAACCGAACUCGAUACACAUAAUAUACAAAAUUUUGAAAAUACCACAGUUUUUUUUAUCUCCAGUUUUCAGUACCUCAUAGUGGCAAUUGCCUUUUCAAAAGGAAAACCCUUCAGGCAACCUUGCUACAAGAAUUAUUUUUUUGUUGUAUCUAUGAUUGUUUUGUAUGUUUUCAUAUUAUUCAUCAUGUUGCAUCCAAUCGCCUCUGUUGAUCAGGUUCUUCAGAUAGUGUGUGUACCAUAUCAGUGGCGCAUAACUAUGCUUAUCAUCGUUCUUGUCAAUGCCUUUGUAUCUAUCAUGGUGGAGGAGUCAGUGGAUCGGUGGGGGAAGUGCUGCUUGUCGUGGGCCCUGGGCUGUAGAAAGAAGAUACCAAAGGCAAAGUACAUGUAUCUGGCGCAGGAGCUCUUGGUUGAUCCAGAAUGGCCACCAAAACCUCAGACAACAACAGAAGCUAAAACUUUAGUUAAGGAGAAUGGAUCAUGUCAGAUUAUCACCAUAACAUAGUAAUGAAUCAGUCUCAGUUGUAUGCUAGUAGCAGUAUGUAGGAGAAUGUGAUUUUAGGAUUUUCUGAUCCUGUGUGUCAGAAUGGCACUAUUCAGUUUAUGUCCCUUCUGAUAUAAUAGCUGAUUUGAGAGCUUUACUUUUUAAAAAUCAAAACAGAAAAAGGUAUUGGCCUAACAGUUAAAUUAACAAUCAAUCUGUAAAGUCCUGUAUCUUGAUUUAGUAAUCUAAAUAUUAUAUACAUUUCCAGAAUUUACUUGUUACCCUCAAUGAUAUUCUUUAUAUUGGGUACAGGAGAAAUUUGGUGUUUGGUAGAUUUUUAGACAUUAACUUUUGAGACGUUACCCCUUUAAAUUUAUUUUCAUAACCUCCUUACUAGAAAAAGUCUGUAUGUUUAUAUAGAGGCGCUAAAUUUGUGAUUGGUUAAAAAUAAAAUGGGUAUCAAUUAGCCUUUAGUGAAAACAUCUUGAAAGCCUCCUUUCAUUGGAUUCCAAUAUUUAUUCUGAAUAAUCUAUAUAAACAUACACCGGUUCCCUUUGAUAGCCUGGAGUUAGGAGUGAGUUUGUCUGAAGUUGUUUAUAGCACAACUCAGGUAAUUUCCAUUUAUGGUUUUUAUAUUUUCUGUACAAACUGCCUGGGUUUUAUUUUUCUAAUCAGUAAGGUGCUUCACUGCUCUCUUGAGAUGUCCCUCAAAGCUAUUAAAUGGAUCUUGUGCUAU